AUGAAUGUUCAACAGAAGCAGGAAAGACAUAUUAUGUCACGACCACAUGUCAGCUGUCAGUCACCAUACCAGAAGAUAAGAGAUGGCUGUUACUUUAUCAGCGACAUUACUGGUUCUGGUGAUGAAGCAUUUGCACGUUGUACAAAUCUUGGUGCAUACCUAGCUAACUUUGAAACACUGGAGGAGGCCAUGGCUAUGAAAUUGUUUCUUCAGCAGAUGAAUACAGGUGUACACUAUUUUGUUGGCGGACGUAACAUCAACAGAUAUCUCCAAAGUGGAGAUUGGAGGUGGAUUAAAAAUGGUAAUGCAACACAAAUGACGUAUUUUGCUUUUGGUAAUGGACAACCCGGAGGAACAGCAUUAGACGAACAAGACUGCAUGUUAUUCUAUGCCAAUGAUAGAUAUAAGUUUUAUGAUGUUAGCUGCGACCAUAGUAACAGUCAAGGCGGUUAUAUUUGUGAAAAUUAA